AUGCACCUCACAAGUUUCUUUGCUUUUGCUCUUCUUUCUCUUCUACGGGGGGCCUCAGCAAGUAUCUACAACAUCACCUUUCCUGCGACUGUGGAGGUCCAUAAGCAGUUCAAUGUCACUCUCUUGACAGAAGGCAACAUCCAGACCUCGCAGGACGUCGUUGUUGUGUUUGGUCUCCAGCCCGGGAGUGGACUUGAAGGAUCAUUGGGUUACUACAAGCUCACAACCCACUCAUUAGGGCCAGCGGUCUCGAAUGUCGAGUACCCAAUUGUUUUCAAGGCCAUCCUUCCUCCUAACUUUCCAAGCACAAAUGCGAAGUACCCUGUGACCGCGACUGUGUUCAGUCUUCUGGGAACCUAUAACACUCCGUCCUUUGCUACAUUCUCAGAUACUGUUAGUACUACCGGAUAUUGAUUGAAGAAGAAUGUUCCUCUACACGAGAGAUGUGGAAGUUGUGUUGGGAGGAGACGAAGGUUGCCGCAGAAUCUUAGAUUUGUACAUAAAUAUGGGAGAGUUCACCGUUCAAAGAAACCAC